AUGCAAACUCCAACUGUCCGGACAUAUCUUGUCGCGGUGCGCACGAUGACUGAUGACCUCUGUGAUCGAGGGCUGUUUAAAGCGAUUAUGCAAGAUUAUGUGGAUUACAUCUACCCAAUGGUUCCAAUUGUUCACCGUCCGUCUUUCCGGAAAGCACUUCAGGAGGACCAAGACCGUGAGGAUGAUGGGUUCCUUGCGCUCAUUCUAUCCAUCGCCGCGUUGGUAGUGGCUACCAUGAGAAGCAGAUUCCAGGCCUACCAAUCAGAUACGUACUCCUUGAGGUUCUCAUCACGCAAGGAGUUUAUUCACUUCUGUUACCAGAAAGUAAUGGGGCUGAGAACAUCCUCGUAUUUCGACGAGCUCAAUUUUCAGAAAUUUGCCGUUCCAUAUCUCUUCUUCGCGGCUUACCUACAGCUUGGAGAUCACAAUUGGGCCCGUAUGUUCAGUGUAGAAGCGAUGCAAAUUGCACGUCUUCUGAAUCUUCAUCGGGUUUCUGACUAUGACGGCCUCAAUUGCAUUGAGACUCAACUGCGCAAAAAAGGGUUCUGGCUUAUUUUUUAUUGUUUCGUCCACGCUCAUCUGCAAAAUCUACUCGGCGAGCGACUCACUUAUCUGGAUCCAGUUUUGCUCAAUUCCAUCAAUCCAGAAGAUCUGAUGCCGCUCGAAGUAGAUGAUGAAUUUAUCUUAGAACACAAGGUGGUUGCAAAUGCCACUCCCGAGCCAUGCUUAGUGUCAGGCUUUAUUUUUCACUCGCGUGUGUUUUGGGCUGCGAUCAGAAGCCCCCAUCCAAGCACUGCUGCAGAGGAUCCGUGCGCGUGUAUGAGAGCCAAGGACCCUCGGGCCCAAGUCUUGUACUUCCAAGAGCGCCUGAAUUGCCUCCAGAAUCUACUCAUCGAUAUUCCCUCGUUUCUCCAACCAUGGAAGUCAACCCCGGAAAAUUUCAACGAGGGUGUCAUUGAUGAGAAUACAAAAGCCAUUCGAUUGCAACUCUCAUCACUACGAGCAAAUUUACACGUCACCCAUCUUUGGCUGCAGAGUCUCAUUUUGGAUCAAUUGGAAGCCGCAAAAUCUCAUCAACAGGGUCAGGUUUCGGCAACAAAUAUCGAUCAACAACCCGCGGUUUUGGAUCAAAGAUUGCUUUGGUUGGAGAGGCAAAAGCUUUGCCGCCAGUUGUUCUUCAUUCUAUUUAACUUUCCACGUUUGAGCUUGGAGGCGAAUGGUUUACAUCUAGCCAACAAAGUGCGCGAUAUCAUGACCAGUCUUCUGGCGUGUCCAUUUCACCCAGAUGAUCCCAUAUCAAAACAAGCGGCCGAAUAUGUUCAACUGUCCACUGAGAUCCUGUCCCGACUGGACAGCAGUGAAAGCAUGAACACCAUGCAUCUACAGACAUGGGUAGAUACAGAUCGCAUCCAGAAAUGA